AUGUCGCACACCAGCAUGAAUCUUCCACCAGGUCCUUCCUAUCUCCUCCGCCUUUUCCCGAGCUAUGCAAUCCCCUCCGUUAUCGUCUACUUCUCGCUCCAAAAUCUUGCGAACUGGGCUACUCUCAGCAUUUCUUCAUGGCUGCUAGUUUUCCUCUCAUUCCUAGCCCGACCGCUGCUUUUCUUUGCUCAGGUCCAGUAUGCCACCAUCGUCAACAAGCGUGAGGCAGCAAAAAUGGGAGCCGUACUAGCGCCAACUGUCAAGGCGUCAGGGCUACAAAUCAUCAAAAUAAUGGUCGAGACUCUUCGGGAGGGAUAUCCAGGGGAAGACUUUCGCCACUGGGCGGAAGACUACGGGCAUACCUAUCAACUUAAUUUGCUGAAAGAUACCGCCCUCUUCACUGACGAUCCCGAAGCCGUCAAAGCCAUCCUGGCAACCCAAUUUGAUGCAUUUGAGAAAGGCCCGAUAUUUCAAGACCAGUUUCACUCCCUUCUAGGGGCAGGGGUAUUCAAUACUGAUGGCGAAAUGUGGAAAUUUCAUCGCAGCCUCACGCGUCCGUUCUUCAGUCGAGAACGGAUAAGCGACUUCGACAUUUACGCUCGAAAUUCCGAUCUGUCGCUCAAGCAGGCAAGACGGCGUCUGCAAGAAGGGUAUUCCAUAAACUUUCAGGACCUCGUUUCGCGCUUCACCCUCGACUCUGCGACGGAAUUUCUUUUUGGGCACAACGUCUCGUCAUUGUCAGCUGGUCUCCCAUAUCCACCGUCUUCGUCCCAAUUAACUCCGGCGUCCUUCCACUCUCAUCCGGCGACCAUCUUCGCAACGGCAUCUACCGAGAGUUCUCUUCUGGCGUCGCUCCGAACUGGACGCGGUCCCGAAUGGUCCCUGUUUGAGUUCUGGCAAGAUAGAAUUCAGCCGUUAAGGGAAAUCAUAGACGACUUUACGGAGCCGGUUAUCAAGGAAGCGAUCGAUCGAGCUCGUGUCCAGGAGAAGGGCGCUCAUCGUGGUGAGGAGGGCACGCUGCUGGAGUACAUGCUCCAACACACGCAAGAUCCCCAGAUCUUGAAGGACGAGGUGGUCAAUCUCCUCGUGGCCGGACGCGAUACUACCAUGGCCCUUCUCACGUUUUCGAUGUACCUGAUCAUCCAACAUCCUCACGUCGAACAUCGCCUUCGGCAAGAAAUAUACGAUGUCGUAGGUCCAUCAGGGCGCCCUACAUAUGAUCACAUGCGCCAGAUGCGGUUUGUUAGGGCGUUCCUCAACGAGGUUCUGAGGCUCUAUCCUUCUAUCCCCCUUAAUGUCAGGAGAAGCGUGAGGCCGGUCGUUCUCCCCACCUCAGAUCCUGAGAGAAAGCAUAUCUAUGUCCCGAAAGAUACGGUGUGCACGUUUUCCGUCUUCAACAUGCAUCGCCGAACAGACCUAUGGGGCCCUGACGCAGAAAAAUUCGACCCUGACCGAUUCCUUGACGAAAGGUUGCACAAGUAUCUCACCCCAAACCCAUUUAUCUUCCUCCCCUUUAACGCUGGACCGCGGAUUUGCAUCGGGCAGCAGUUUGCGUAUCACGAGGCCUCUUUCUACCUCGUGCGCCUCCUCCAGCAAUUUACCGGCUUUGAGAUGGACCGGGAGAUAAAUCAAGCGCCUCCCGCGAAGUGGGCUUCGAAGGAAGACAGAAGGAAAGAUGAACAGGUGCACCCUGUCACACAUCUGACACUUUCUAUUGUGGGCGGUUUUUGGAUGAGGAUGAGGGAGCUGAACCCCGAUUCGACGUCUCCUAUUGCCGUAACCUUCCGUGCUUGUGACGCUCUGGGGAUACCCCAACCUCUGAGAAACAUCCCCGCCGUCGUAUACACACCUGAUGCCAUUCUCAAUGCGGAUGAUCCUUCGCCUCAACUGGCUGCUGCUCUGAAGCAAGUCUACGACUCAGACCCAUCAUCCCCAGUUCUUGCCACCAAUUUCGACAACAUUGCCGUAUUUUGGACUCCCAACAAGGAGAAUGUUCGAUAUUACGAGUUAGUGGCGAGUGACGACACCCGGACAUUACUUGCGCUCCGAACGAUCACAGCCGCCCAUCUACUGCAUGCGCUGAUCUAUGAAUUAUAUGCCCCUCUCCCUGACAGCGCUGAAAAGACUGGAGUACUGCCCGAGGGGCCACCGAAGGACCACGUGCGAGGCGCACAAGAAAAGCUCGUCGUGGGUCGGGGCGACAUCGUACACGCAGCAAGCAACGGACUGGAUGGAUUUGCUCUGGAGUUGAAGCCUCACUACCCCUUGGAUUUCUCAGAGAUUCCACCGGAUACCCUCGCACACCUGGGUGCUGUCUAUCGGCCAUGUCCUCUCUCUUCGCUCGGCCUGCGUGAAAGGAUCCUUCAUGGCAGCUCCUUCACCUUGGAAAUUCUCGGCGUCGUAGCCGAGGGUAGCAAACGCGGCGUGUGCACUGUAUACCAAUGUCGAAUAAUCUCCGUCGACAACGAUGAAGUCGUCGAAUCUCCUGCCCUUUGUCUGAAAAAUUUCGAUGAUCGGUUCCAGCUUCUUGACCCGCCUGAGGAAGAGGAGUUGGAGGAAGAGCCCUCUGGUUGGCUGGAUCGGAUCGCCCUUGCUGAAUGGGAUGCGCGGCAAGAACACUGCGCUUACAAAAAGCUAGAAUGUCUCCAUGGGACGGUCUUUCCUUGGUAUUAUGGUGCUCAUCGAUUCACUCUACCUUGCGGCUUCCAAGUGUACGGAAUUCUCUUAGAAUACAGCCCUGGAUGGCCGCUCGACUCCGAGAAUGUUCGAACGCUGUCUCCUGAAAGUCAAAUUCAGCUUAUUCAGAGGUGUCGGCACGCUGCAAGAGUUUUAGAUAUUGCCGAUAUCGCUCAAAAGGACUGGCACACCGGACAGGUACUUGUCCACACAGCGUUGAACGGCAGUCUCACGCAUGGAGUGAUGAUUGACCUGGCGUCCAGCACGCAAACGAUCGAACCUGAGCUCUACAACGGCUGCUCAAACUUCCAUGGUGCCUUGUGUGGUCUAAUGGCGGGGCUGAGCAUGGCAGGCGCUGACAAACGUUUUGUCGUUGAUCACUUUGGGACGCCCGACGUUUGGCAAUAUGGUUCUUCGAUCAUUCCCCUUCCUCCGUCGAAAGACAGUGCACUGUUGUCUCCGCCGAAUCCAUUUGACUUCAUACAGUUAGUCAGAAAGGAAUAG